GAAGGACGUGUCUCGUCUACCUCGGACUUCAUCAACACCAAUCCUUAUUACCAGACUUCUCUAUCAGGUCCGGUCAAUCAAGACAGUUGUUGCCUGCCAUAAUUUGUAAUCCGAACCCGAGGUCUCUUUUCCUUAUCACAAGCUAGCUGGGUGCUAUUUAACAACUGUCGUACUCGUUUCUCAUUCACAAUGGACAACCGUUCAGGACAAUCAAAUUAUCCAUCGCUUUGGAGCCUGAUAUUUACUCCAUGCUCACAACCAGCUUGAAUCUUACAACAUCUUUUACUAUGCGCGUCUUAAUCAGUGGAGCCGGGAUUGCUGGGUCUACACUGGCCUGGUUCCUAGCCAACACCGGUUCUUACGUCACAAUUGUCGAGAAGAGCCAGUCUUUACUUCCUCAUGGGCAGAAUGUUGAUCUGAAAGGCGACGCCAUCACCAUUAUAAGAAAAAUGGGGCUUAUGGAGCAACUUCGACAGUUCAAUACGACAGAAGAGGGUACCCAGUUUGUUGAUUCGAAGGGGCAGCCGUUUGCACGCUUUCCUGUCAAGGAGGGUUACUUGAAUAGUUUCACAUCAGAGUUCGAGAUACUUCGUGGAGACUUGGCCAUGCUACUCUACGAAGCUACAAAAGGCCAUCCGAAUGCAAACUACUUGUUCGGUACCACCGUCAGGGAAGUCCUUUCGAACGACGAGGCCGCUGCUAAGGUCGAAUUGAGCAACGGAGAGGUCCGCGAGUUUGAUCUCAUAGUCGCUGCGGACGGUCAAUGGUCUAAGCUGCGGAAGCAGUGCUUCCAUUCGGCGGAUGUUCACAUUGUCCAUUUGGGCAUGUACAGCGCCUACUAUACGAUCCCACGCAUACCCAGUGACAAUGACUGGUGGAACAUCUUUUUGGGGCUUGAAUCCAGGACGAUUAGCCUUCGGCCUGACCCCCAUGGCAGCAUCAGAGCAAUGUUUACCCGUAUGCCCCGUAAUGAUGCCCAGGAGAAUGUUUGGCUGGCCGCAUCCAAGAGCGGCAGACUCUCCCAGAUAGAGCUCUUGAAAGGGGAAUUUGCUGACGCCGGAUGGCAAGCGCAGAGACUCCUAGACGCUAUAGAUCAGGCACCCGACUUCUACUUCCAUGUCAUCGAACAAAUACAGAUGUCCAGAUGGUCGAACGGACGUGUCGUCUGCCUGGGAGAUACAGCAUAUGCACCGUCGCCGCUCACCGGGAUGGGAACGUCAUUAGCUAUGAUCGGGGCCUAUGUGCUUGCAGGCGAACUGAGCAGUCUCGGAGAAGGUGAAUCUCCCGCGAAGGCACUCCAGACUUACGAAACCAAACUUCGUCCGUUUGUUGCAGAUUCGCAGAAAAUUCCAUUUUUUGUUCCGGGCAUCGCGCAUCCUGAGGCGGCAUGGACGCGAUGGUUAUACCAAAGCAUAGGAUGGGCACUGUCUAAAGCUGCAGGAUUUAGGUGGUUGGCUAACAAGUUCCCUGAUGUCGAAAGCCAACACGACAAUUUCAGGUGGCCGGAGUACCAGAAACUUGAUGCCUAAGUACGAUAAUGAGGAGGAGGAAAAUUUACCAUCGGACUUCGGUACUCCAGUGUAAAACGUUACAUGAUAUAAAUUCUGGCUAGGUUCAUAUUUCUAUAUUGUGACCGAAGGACAUAUUUGUACGCUGGUAAUUCCAAGACAUUGGUACAUGUACCUGAACCCUUUCGGAUAAACCUCAGAUGCUCAUGCAAAC